AUGCAGACUCUGGCGCCCUCUCGAGAUCCGAUAGUUUUGGGUGGCAGACCUGUGGCGGGCGCAGCACCUGUGGGGACGAAGAGGGAAGCGAGAAAAAUGACGAGGCUGCUGGAAAAAGAAGAUCUUGGUGGAGAUGAUGUAGUAGAGGAUAACACAAAGGGACUUGCGAGGGAUUUUCUAUCGCCAAAAUCGGCUCUAGAAGGAACAAUUGACGAGGAGGAUGUUGGAAGCCAAAAACAAGAAAGACACGAAGAAGUAGAAAGACACGAAUUCGAAGAUCCACCUCUUAUUUCAGAUGUCGCACCACUGUUGAACGAGGUCCUGCGACCUCCGAGACGCCUGCAAACAGGUGGUGUUGCUGUCAGCACAGGAGAAAAAGAUGCUUUCGCAAGUCCUAGUUCCACAGAAACUACUGAGACCAGUCCCAUCUUCGGCAUUGGAGUCAAGAUAAAGCCGGUCGAUGAAGUGCUAGCUCCAGCUGGUACAGGAGGUGAGGGCUCUUCAGGUAGUGAAAACGACAUCAACUACGCAGGAGGAGCAAAAGACCAGGGCAGCGAUGGUUACCAACAAGAACACCGACCGCCAGUACGGACGGGACCAAGAAGGUCUCCGCCCACCUCAGCGCGGACAUCAUCAACAUCUUCAACAUCUGCAUCCUACAACGCCCACUGGGGUGUGAUUCUGCAGUUUAUCGCAAUCAUUUUGGCAAGCAACAAAAGUUGUCUCCUUCAGCAUGCUUUGCAGCGGUGUGACGGCAUAUCCC